AUGGCGGACCUGGAACGCAUUCGACUCGUGUUACUGGGUGGCGCAGGAGUGGGCAAAAGCUCCAUUCUAAAGCGCUUCCUAUUCAAGACCUACACUGACAAAUAUCGUGCCACCGUCGAGGAUCUCUACAAUCGUGAAUAUGACCUGGGUGGCGUCACGCUAAAGGUGGACAUUUUGGACACAUCCGGUGACAUGCAAUUCCCCGCCAUGCGACGCCUCUCCAUUGCGACGGCCCACGCCUUCAUGUUGGUCUAUGCGACGACAUCGGCGCCCAGUUUUCAGUGUGUCAAACAAUGUUUCGAGGAGAUCCGCGAACAACGCGCCGACUUUCAGGACAUUCCCAUUGUCAUAGCUGGCAACAAAGCCGACUUGGCCAACUCCCACAGAGAGGUCAGGCAGGAGGAGGUCACAGAUUGGGUAUUCUGUGAAUUGCCACGGCUCAGGGCCAAGGUGCUUGAGUGCUCAGCGAAGGAGGACACCAAUGUGACCGAACUGUUUAAGACGCUGCUCUCCCUCUCCCGCUUCCUGCCCGCCAGCAGCAGCAGCGGCGGUCCAGGCGGUGCCGCCGGCGAGGCAGCGCCCAGCGGUUUCAAGCGACGCUCCUCCGCCUACGUCAGCGCAUCGUCCAGUCGCAAUAAAAAUCGCAUGAAUAGUCCCGCAAUAGGCGGUGAUAAAAAGUCAAAUCUGGUGGAUGCUGUCGAUGUGGCAAGUACCAGUGCAGAGGCAAAAUUGAAGCCACGUUCCAGAUCACUCAUACGCCGUGCAUCACGCAAGACCAAGCAGCAAAUUAACAACGCAUCCGAUGAUUGUAAUUUGCAGUAA